GAGUUGAAUGUGAUGUGUUUGAGUCGAUCCUUGUACUGCACGCCUGCUACUAGUAGUAGUAUCUUACUUGUUGGGUCAUUUCUACGAUCCCCGCCUCCUGUGGACCAUCAUGGACCAUCUUUUGUUUCGGAACUCGUUCCAGCACCGCUGACGUACUCACAGGAGUCGUCACUCUUGAACUAAGUCAAGUGACAUGGGCAUGGUCAGCACGGUUCGCAGUAACAUCGUCAUAGACGGAAAGUGCGAAGUGCAAACGGUGAUGGCUGCGUGUAGCGGGUACGCUGUGUUGUUGCUGCCGCCCCUGACAAGCGUACUGUGGGCCUGCGCGUAAGGGUUGGAUGACAUAUGUCGUCCAUUGUCUCUUAGGUUAGAAAGAUAGCGUGCGCAAUAAGCUUGGCCUGGCAUCCCGGUCAUGCACGAGUCGGUCAGCCCAUCGUGGUAGAGUCCAAUCCGUCUUAAGAAUGUCUAGUGACACCCGGCAUUCGACAGAAAAGUCCAAGCCAUUCCAAGUAAUCAUGCAAGAAUUGCGAAAAUAACAAUUUGAAUGCACCGAGAGAGAAAUAUGCCCCCCGAACCCAUCAACUUCCUCUAUUUCAUCGGCCGAGAUUGUGACGGAUCGCUUUCGGAGUUGACAACCUUGAAGCUUGGAGCUUGAACUUGAAUUUGAGCUGUGGAAGGGUAGUUGAAAUGGUGUGGAAAUAGAGUACUGAGUGAACCAAGGAUUCGAUCGCGUGUUUGCCCAUGCUUGCCCAUUCUCUGAACGGCCAACCGACGCCCACCACCCGACAAUUGUCUUUCUCCUUACCUUGAUAUCUUGUGAUGGCCCGCUUUCGCGUCCAGGACAGUGAAAGUGGCAGUGAUGAAGACAAUUUCUCGGAAGAAGAAAAAAAUCCGCAGGCCAUGCCCGCCGCGGCGCCAUCACCACCAGAGGAUGACUAUGACGACGACGACAGCGAGGGAGAAGACGAUUCGGAAGGCUCUUAUUCGUCGGAUCUCCAUGAAGAGGACUUGGUGACGCGACCUCGACCGCGAAAUGCUUUGGUGGAGGACGAGAACGGCGAGAUGCAGUACGCUGACGCUGACGCCAUGGACCCUGCACUAUGGCCUCAACGCGUCGGCGUCGAUUACCAGAAAAUGCACGUCAUGCAAGCUUCGCUAUUUCGUGCACCGGAGGAAGCUGCGGCGUUGAGAGCGUCUGAGAAAUCAAUGCACGCGCGUUUACAGUUGCCGCUGACACUCAACCGGAAGCAUAGCCGUGACUCAGAGGGAGACAGUCUACGCGUUGACCCGAAGGAGCGAGCGUCUUUUGCGCAUGAUGUCGAAGCGGCUCCGUAUCGACCGACACGCAAGUAUGCGCGCGUCGAAAGCUCCAGGUCCGCUGUUUAUGGCAAUGAAUCCUCUGUCAUAGAUGCGGGGCUAGCUUUUGGCCGUUCCUUUCGCGUCGGGUGGGCAUUUGAUGGCUCUUUGAUACAUCCUGGAGUCAUUUGUGCUCCUUGGAGUUCUGUGAAGCCGAACGCCAAUUCCUCCGCACUUCUGAGAUCCCGGCCCACAACGUGCCAGUCCAGCAUCUCUGCUAAACUUCUCCAGCAUCAGCUCUCCAAUACCACCUUCGAUUUUGACGACGAACAAGUGCCGUUCGCUAUCCCUUCGUCCCAUGGAUUAUAUUUCGACUCCUUUGCCAGUCUGUUUGCCAGCUCCGAUCGAACAUUCGAAGCCUCGCUCUUCCGGUUGGGCUCGGCCCUGUUCGAUCCGUUGAUACUACGACUGGGAGAAUCCGUGACUCCUGAUGUCAGAAGCCGGGUAACAGCGCUGCGAAGGAAAACAGCGCUGUCUGCGUGGUUGCAAGAUGUCGUUCGGCCCACUGUGGAUGCGGACUUGCGAAAUGCUCCUAGUCUAGGACCCGCGGGAGUUGCUUUCGUUCAUCUGACGGGAAAUCAAGUGGAACAAGCCUGCGAUGUCGCGUUGGAUGGCGGGCUUCCGAAGCUCGCUACACUGAUUGCUCAAGCGGGCGGCGACUUUUCCUUCAGAGAAGAUCUGAGGGAGCAGCUCGAUCUUUGGCGGGAGCAACGAGUCGACCUUCACGUUGAAGAAAGUGUUCGCAAGAUAUACGCUUUGCUAGCGGGAUUGACGGACACCGUGGUCGAGGGAUCGAAGGGUGGAGGACAAGACAAGUGCGCAGAUGUGGAUAUCCUCACUGGGCUAGACUGGAAGCGCAUUUUUGGUUUGCACCUCUGGUAUUCGGAGCCGGUAGAUGCGACGAUAUCGCAAGUUUUCGCCGCCUACAGUGCGUUGGUCAAGGACUCAACACGAAAGGUCGCCAGCCCCAUUCCCCGAUACGAAGGAGUGAGCCGAUGGAAUGCGCCCUCUGUAUUCGAUCACGAUGCUUUUUUCUCUCUAAUCCGCGUCCAUGCCGAGCCCACCUGUUCUCUCUCCCAAGUGCUGACACCCCUUUCGUUUGGGCCCUCACCAGUCGACUUUUCGCUGACAUGGCACUUGUACAUCCUCCUCUCACGUUGCAUGCGAGUGAGGGACUUGUCUGAUCGAGGAGACCCGGGAAUCCGACCGGCAGACGAUGGUCCACUUGCUGAGGGACAUAGUCCUAGCGCGGAUUUGUUGUCAACCAGCUAUGCAUUCCAGCUAGAGCAGUUGGGGAUGAUCCAGGAAGCGUGCUUCGUAUUAUUGCACCUCGAGGGAUCUACUGAGAGGAAGAAGGCCAUUAAGGAAUUGCUGGCAAGAAACGCUGCCACUCUGGACGAAUGGAUGACUCGUGGGAUCGUCGGCAGUUUGCGAAUACCCAUGGCCUGGGUUCAAGAAGCCAAAGCUUUGCAUGCUUAUGACUGCGGUCAGAUCUUCGAAGCAUUCGACCUAUACUUGUCUGCGGGUCAAAACAACCAAGCCCACGAGAUCGCCGUCACAAAGCUUGCUCCUGAAGCUAUCAUACGUCAUGAUUUGACAUUGCUCACUGAGAUCUUCAGUCGCUUCAAUGGACGGGCUGUGGAUGGAUGGCAUGUCCGGGGCAAGAUUCUCCAGGACUAUGCCCAUGUACUCUCCAGACUCGGGAAACUCGAUGAAGAGCUGGACCAGGGACGGAAUCAGGAUGAACGAGACCAGCUGGGUCGCACUGCGGCUCGGCUCAUCAGCAUCCUUCCUGAUGUGCUUAGGAACCGCUCAGACGCAGUCCACAAUGCUGCACUGGCCGAUAUGAUUGGCAGGCUAGUCAAAGUAGUCGACAGGACACGCUCGUCGAAUGCAACUGACAUCCAGCCGACACAUGUUGGGGAAUCUGUCAAACUACAACAUAUCCAAGCCACAGUCUAUGCCAGGUUUCUUAGCAGUAUCGAUAGCCCAGCAUCUAAUCUGGAGGUCGACACCGAGCUUCUGUUCUAUGACCAUGGCCUCCAUGACUUCUUAUCAGUCGCUGGCCGCGAUAAAGAUGUGGAAGCAUGGGCUUAUCUCAACGAGGAACAUAUCCUGCUUCAGGCGCGAUCACUCGAUGCGGUCCCCCUCGACCGGCGUGGGCCGCUGCACGGCGUGCCAAUCGGCGUCAAAGACAUCAUGUAUACCAAAGGCUCGUACGCAGACAUGCCCACCCAACACAACUCGCUUAUUUACGCCAAUGACGCGCCUGCCAUCGAUGCAUCGCUGAUCUCCGUGCUGCGUAACGCCGGUGCUCUCAUCUUUGGGAAAACAACGACCACCGAGUUUGCUUGUGUAACCACAGGCACCAAAACGAAGAACGCGCACGAUCCAGCACGGACUCCGGGUGGAAGCUCAUCUGGAUCGGGAGCCUCUGUGGGCGAUUAUCAGGUCCCAUUAGCAUUGGGAACGCAGACGAUUGGCAGCAUUAUACGCCCAGCAUCAUUCAACGGUGUCUUUGGCUUCAAGCCCACUUUCGGUGCCAUCUCCAGAGAGGGCGUCAAGUUCGGAUCUCUCAAUCUGGAUACCGUCGGCUUCUUCUCUCGAUCCGUGGCAGACCUCGAGCUCCUCGCUGACGUUUGCAAGAUCUCGGACGACGAAAGCCCUGCAUCCGAGUUCUUGCUUGCAGGAUCGAAAAUUGCCGUGUGUAAAUCCCCGGUAUGGACUGCUGCAGGUCCCGGUACCGUUAAGGCGCUCGCGCAGGGUGCCCAAUUGCUGCGAGAUCAAGGAGCCAUUGUCGAGGAACUGACAUUACCCGGAGAGUUUGACGAAGUGACGACCCUUCACCGUCGCAUUUUCCAGCGCGACGCCGGAGUGGCUUACAUGAAUGAGCCUAAAGAGAAAUUGGACCCACUCCUGGCUAGCUUUGUGGACGACAUUCCGCGUCUCACAAACAGAGAUUAUCUCCAGGCCUUGGACACGCUCGCACAGCUUCGACCCAAGCUCGAUGCGAUCACGAGCCAAUUCGAUGCGAUUUUGACGCCCUCGGCUGUCGACGAAGCACCGGAAGGCCUGGCAACGACCGGAGACCCUAUCUUUUGUGGUUUGUGGACUGUCAUGCACGCUCCUGUGGUAAAUGUACCAGGCUUUUCCGGCGAAAAUGGGAUGCCCAUCGGCCUUUCCCUUGUGUCGGGACGGUUUCAGGACAGACGUUUGCUCAAGGUAGCUGCGCCCGUGGCCACAGCCUUCGCUCCUGGCAACAGGCCCUUCCAGGGAUCGGCAGAUUCGCAACGUCCGAUAUCAUAGAUUAGCAGCUUCGCAACAGAGUCCGUGUUGCGGGGGUUGGCGGAAACCCAGAUUUGAUUCGCCUAUUAGUGUUACCUAAGUAGUAAGUAGUCUUUGGAUGGAUGCGACGUUGCAUUGAUCGGGAGCGGCGUGAUUCCCCAUGCAAAAACUCGCACGAAGAUCAGCCUGAGCCCUCGAAUCUUUUCCACUUCGAUUCCUACGAAACACGUCCCGCGCAUACUGUUGUCCGCCCUAUUCUACGCGACUUCUCUCCAUGCCGGCAAAGGCGCACUAGACUUUGAUGUUGGAGUCUUCUGGCUGGUCAUGAGGGUUUUGGCAUGCGCCGGGUUCGGUGCGUUGAUAUGGGAAGGCAGGACAGGGCAGUUAGCGAAGCGGAAAUCGAUUGAGUGGUCUGUGUUGGGGACAGCUUCCCUGCUAGUCUUCGUUCAGCAAGGCUGUUUGUUUACAGCGCUGUAUCGUCUUCCUUCUACCCGUGUGGUGUUAUUCACUCAUUUCUCAACGUCUUGGAUUCAAUCUCUCUGGAACUUCUCUGCGCCACGGAAAGUCAUGGCCAUCUUGUUGGCUUGGUUCAUAUGCAUCGUGUCCGAUACAGGCCUUUCGUCUGCCGCCUUGCUGCGAUUCCUUCCAGGAUACGGCGCAUUGUUCAUGUACUCCCUGGCCUCAGCGGCCCUGGACACACCAGUGGGAUCCUAGUGCCUUCUCUGGGGACAACGUUCACCAUCGCAGCAUCUGUCCUCGGUGCCUCCGUCUUCGCGUUGCCCUUUUAUGUGUUCCGAACGUUCAUACUUAACUUUCCCGAAACACCUGUGGUCCCCCUCGCUUCGUUGGCCGCGAUUCCAUUCAUAGCAUUCUCUUUGUUGCUCUAUGUCCCAAUCACCUCCAAGUCCCUAAGCAACUUCUCGCUUGCCCCUCAGCAUUUUACAUUGUCUUAUCCUAGCACUGUUAUGAUGACAGCGCUCUUGGGUUCGCUCGCAUUCUCGCAGUUUCCGACUUGGACAGAUGCGGCAGUCGCUGUCCUUCUCUUCUUGGGGAUGCAACCUGAGUCAGCCGACACAUUCCCCGCUCCGUCGCGCACGCCGACGUCAAGGCUGAUGCGCUCGUACUUCAAAACCAUUCUAUCGAAUCCAGAAUCCCGCAAGAUUUUCUAUUUCCUAGUCCUCAACAUGGCAUUCAUGCUCGUUCAAAUGCUGUACGGGGUGUGGACUAACAGCCUCGGACUUAUAUCGGAUGCGAUUCAUAUGGCCUUUGACUGCAUGGCCAUUGGUGUUGGUCUCUUCGCGUCGAUCAUGGCUAAAUGGGAACCGAACGAGCGCUUCACUUAUGGGUAUGGGCGAAUCGAGACACUCUCCGGCUUUGCCAACGGGAUUUUCUUGAUCCUGAUCUCGGUCUCAUCAUCUUCGAGGCGGUCCAGCGAAUCUUGGAGCCACCAGAGAUGAACACAAGCCAGUUAUUGCUUGUGAGCUCUCUCGGACUAGCGGUCAAUCUCUUGGAAUGUUUGCCAGGGAGGACAUCACCAUGGGCACUCGCACUCUCAUGGGCAUGGGCAUUCUCAUGGUGAAAGCCACGGGUCUCACGACCAUCAGAUGUCUGCAAAGGACGGACAUGCGGGCGGGCACUCUCACGAAGACCACGGCCAUUCGCACGAUAAUCCGACGCACUCUCACACCGUCGGGCAUCCGUCAGACGGUCAUCAGCCCUCGCAUGUAGGGAACGGACACUCGCACGGUCACUCGCAUGAGCAAGAGCACUCGCAUGAGAGCGGACAUACGCAUGAGAGCGGACACUCGCACGAGCAAGCUCAUUCGCACUCGCACUCGCACGAUGUUCAAGAAACUCGCAUGAGCACUCGCAUGGGCAUUCGCAUGCGCACUCUCAUGCUAGUGGGAACGCUCAUCAGGCCCACUCCCAUUCACCGCCGACCUCUCCGACUCGCUCAUGUCCAUCCGCAUCUACCGCCAAACGCCGAACAACACUCACAUCCGGACUCUCAUUCUGCUGUUGCAUCGCACGACCGCAAGCGUCAGUUCAGUGGCACCCCACUGCACGUGCACUCGUCCAUGCCGAAUUCUCCCUUUGCAGCGGAGGCGUCAGCGACCCAUCACCCCCAAAUACCGAUUCGGAGUCGAUGAGCAUUACCAGACCAUCACGAAGACGAGCACCGACCCAAUGUGCACAAUCCCGCCCUCCCAGCUCUCAUGAAGGUCAUAGCCACAACAUGCGUGGUGUGUUUUGCACGUGAUGGCGGACACCUGGGUUCCGUCGGAGUCAUUCUCUCUACACUGCUGAUCCAGUUCUACGGCUGGACUGGAUUUGAUCCGAUCGCGUCUUGUUUAUCGCCGUGCGCUCGCUGCCAGUGUUUCCCAUUGGUCAUUGACAGGCGUGUUUUGUGCCUUGACAUCACCGACCGCCAAGCCACGAUAGACCAGGCUCUCUCUGAGCUUCAGUCUAUCGAAGGACUGGCUUCUUUCAAUGCGCCUCGCUUUUGCCCAAAGAUGAUACAUCAUUGAUCGGAUCAUUCACAUCCGCGUGGCUCCGUCCGCUGCAUCUUUCGACCCAGCAGGUCCCCAUUCGAAUCAACGCACAACUUAUCACAAA